GCGGGCGGAGGCGGCGGCGGCGCCCAUGGAGGCGGCGGGGAGCGGGAGCGGGGUCGGCGGCGGCCCCGGGCUGGGGCUGGGGCUGCCCCGGGCGCGGCGCGCAGCGCCCGCGCCGCCCUGCUCCGCGCCGCCGCCGUCCCCCGCCGCCAACCUCUCGUGGGCCCGCAACGCCUCCGCGGCCGCGCCGCCGCCCGGGGCAGGCCUGCUGGACGCGCGCGUGGAGCUGCCGCUCGUGGCCGUGGUGGCGGCCGGCGGCCUGGCCCUGGGCGCCGUGCUGUGUCUCAGCUGCGUGGUGGGCGCGCUGUGCCGCCGGGCCGGGCGGCCGCCAGCCUCUGCCCUGCCGCAGCGACUGCGCCGAGCUGAAAGCGCGCCGCCUGCCCCGGGACUGCGCCUCGCUGCCCUCCGACCUGCAGCUCCGCGACCUGGCGCCAAGCCCACCGCACCGAGGUGCGUCCCUGGGACGGCCUGCCCUCCCCCGGCCCUGCCAGGCCCCGAGGAGUCCCCGCUCCUCACCUCCUCGUCCACCAACAGCCUCACAGGGACAGGCGCAGGACAGCACGCCGCUGGAGCCAGAGGGCAACCUGGUCCUGACCAGCCUGGGUCUCAUCCGGUUGCCAAUGGCCGGGCACCUCUACAAGGUUUCCAGCAUGAGCAGCGACGAGAUCUGGCUGUGAGCCUACGGUGCGACGCCAGGGGGUCCGGAUUUGCCCUCUCCUGGGAUCGAUGCUGCAGGUCGCCCGGGACCAGUUCCCAGAUCCAGGGAGGUGGGAUGGGCGGGUGGCAGCACCGGAGCCUCCUACAGCACCAGGUUUCCUCUGACCGGGGUCCUGAGCCCCUCCCUGCACCUCGCAUGGACAAGUCUGCUGGGUUCAGCUACUGCCCGUCCUGCCUGCUGGGCCAGGGGCAGUUCUGGGAGCGGGGCCAGCCUGUGCUCCCAGCCACAGCCACGGCUUGGGAAAGGGCCAGGGGAGCAGGAGCGACGUGUGCAUGCAGCAGCCUCGGCUGCGAGCAGGUGGGUCUCCGCUGUCUCUGGAGAGAGCCAAGUCGUGUUGACCAGCUGCGGAGGGCGAAGGAGAAGGAUCACUCUAGCCCCCCAGACUGCUGGGGCAGGAGGACACAGGAUUCUUCAGCCAUUCGCGACCUUCCUCAUGUCCACAUCAGCCCAGGGCCCUGGCACGGCUGGCCAAGCAGCAGGACCAAGGAGACAUGGCCAUUGCGGCCGACCCGCCACUGGGUGGUUCAUUAAGCUAUGCAGCCUGUUCCCUGAGUUGCUUCACGCAGCUGCCCCCUUAGCUGAGGCAUGUGCCUGUGUAACAUCCGCAUUUCCUUGCACCAGCCUGUGCCAGGCUGGGGCUGGAAGUUGUUCUGACAGCAAUAAACCAGACUGCAGUGUG